AUGGGACUGAACAAGAUGGGUAAAUUCGUUGACCAUGCAGUUGUGGAUCGCAGUUUUAUUAAUGCUAUGUUUGCACCUCAACGUAAUCCUGGAUACUUCCCACAUGUACCUGGAGCUGGUCGCAAAUUCGCACCUACUAUGAUGAUAGGCGGUUAUUCCGUCCCGCCAGGAGCAUUCGUUGCUGUUGAUGGACUCAAACAGUUACCAUUGAUUGACGACCGUUGGUACCAACCAUCGGAGCUCACGUACCCACUUCCGGUACCCACCGUUAACCAUAUAAAUACACAAGUGUACGAGAAUGCUUUAUAUACCGGAGACCCAUUGAACCCCAAGGAGGAUAAUGUGGUACUGAUUGGAGAAGGUGGAGGGUCUCCACACGCACUCGCCACUGCGUUUUUCAGUCAAUACGAGAGCACCGAGAUGACGUACUGGUCGAUGCGUCUGGGUUCAAUAUUGCUUAUAGCAGCUACAUUGUUCUUAUACUACUACCGUAUCAAAGCGCCAAAGUUUAUGCGGCAGUACAGCGGCACUUUGCGCUAUAGAAGCUUUGAUUUGGUUCCGGUACCGAAUCUACCUCUUCUUCCUACUAGCGCUAAUGAGUUUUGGUUGCAGCGGCGCAUUGCUUUCUAUUUGGUGAGUACCCUUCAGUAUGACUUAAAAUUUGAUGCUAGGAAAAUGGAUCCAAUGUCUAGCUGGCAUAGAAUGGGUGAUAGUGGAUUUUUGGUGACGCGCACGGGGGUAAGAAGGCCGCUACUUUCUUCGAGGUACGUCAUGUCUGCGCACUUUGAAACAAUGCACACGACGCUGCAGCCAAAUGUCGAUGAACUCCACUUUACAAAACCAGUACCGCAUGUAGUACGUAUCUACUCAAUCACCGAUGGCCCUAGUGGACAGAAGCCCGGGCUCCAACACCUGAAGAACCUCAUGAACGAGAAGGCCGAGAAUGACAGCAAUGACUUUGCAAGGUCCAUCCACUGGAAUGAUUUUAAUGGGCUAGUGCCAUUUGAUAACAAUAUGGGAGCAGCUUAUAAGUCCUUACUGGACAAUUGUUCCAAUAUAAAAGGCUGUAUUGAAAUAACAUUUACCAAGAUGGCGCCGUUUGACCCAGCCAAACUACAGGUCAAAAACAAGAUGCCCGCGGCGGUACAGAUCACCGCGGAGCAAAUCUUGCGUGACGCUGUAGAAUGGCAGAGUCGUGAAACCAGGACUCCUAAUCGUACCUUUGUAGAUCAAGAUGAGCUCGUAUAUUACAAAGCACAACGUCGCAAGGAAUUUGAGGAUAAGCUAAGGAGACAACGUCAUCAUAUAGGUACAUGGAUAAAAUAUGCACUUUGGGAAGCUAAUCAACAGGACUUUCGUAGAGCACGCUCGGUAUUUGAACGUGCUCUACAGGUGGAUCCAAAUAAUGCCAACUUGUGGUUGCGAUAUAUAGAAACUGAGAUGAAAAAUAAGAAUGUUAAUGCAGCACGCAAUCUUUUUGACCGUGUAGUUUGCCUCCUACCACGUGUUGAUCAGUUCUGGUUCAAGUACGCACACUUUGAGGAAUUACUUGGUAACUAUGCAGGCGCAAGAACUGUAUUCGAACGGUGGAUGGAAUGGAACCCUGACGACAGAAGUUGGAUGUUGUACAUUAAGUUCGAAGAGCGCUGUGGAGAAAUUGACCGAUGUAGACAGGUAUUCGAACGUUUUCUAGAGAGUCGUCCUUCUUGCGCAUCGUUUUUGAAAUUUGCAAAGUUCGAACAAAGGCAAAAAAACUAUCCCCUAGCACGGGCCGCCUUCGUUAAAUGUCUUGAAUUGAUACCGCCAGAACUUUUGACUGAAGAGUUUUUCUUGAAGUUUGCCGCAUUCGAAACAUCACAGGGGAAUAUCACAGGAGCGGAGAAGGUCUACGAGCAGGGUCUUGCACUGCUAUCACGUGACAACGCGGAACUACUAUAUAGGACCUAUGUCUCGUUCCAAAAACAACACCGGGACAAAGACACUAUUGACAAUUUGGUGGUUACAAAGAAACGUAACGAAUAUGAAGAACAGCUUCUGGAUGGGCCAUGCAACUACGAUGUAUGGUUCGACUACAUACGUAUGGAAGAACAAAUAAUAACAGGUGGCAAUGAUACCGCUGGCCCCGAUAAUAGUCAUUCUGAGGCCCAGCGCGCACGCGUUUGCGAACUAUACGAAAGAGCUAUAUCGAACUUACCACAAGCUGAUGAUCGGCGAUUAUGGCGGCGUUAUUCAUACCUCUGGAUAGGCUAUGCCGUAUUCUCAGAACUUACACUUGGCCAGUCUGAUAGAGCUGUAGCUGUUUAUAAAAAGGCACUCCAGGUCCUGCCUAAGGAAUUUGCGAAGUUCUACAUUCUUCUAGCAGAGUUGUAUCUCCGAAGAGAGGACCUUGAUGGAAUGAGGAAAACAUUUGGUUUGGGUCUUGGACAGUGCCGCAAACCCAAACUUUUCGAAACAUAUGCACGGAUAGAGCUCAAACUUGCGAACCUGGAUAGGUGUAGGCAUAUACAUGCCAAGUAUAUAGAGACGUGGCCAUUCAAACCGGAGAGUUGGUUGGCGUUCAUUGAACUCGAGCUCAUGCUUGAUGAACUUGAGCGUGUACGUGCCCUCUGUGAGGCAGCUAUCUCAAUGGAUCAGAUGGACAUGCCAGAAAAAAUAUGGAAUCGAUACAUAGAUAUCGAGAAGGGUUGGCAACAGUAUCCUUAUGUACGUAAUAUAUAUGAACGCCUGUUAUUGAAAACUACACAUAUCAAGGUUUUCAAGGGGUACUCGGAGUUUGAAUUUGCUGCAGGAUACGCAGAACUCGGUCGAGCUGUUGUAGAAAGAGGUCUAGAAUACUACAAGGCGUCAAACUACCAAGUUGAACGAGCGACUAUGCUAGCACAUCUGCUCAAAAUGGAACGUACAUAUGGCGAUGAAGAAUCUGUUGCCAAGGCGCGCGAUAGACAGCCUAAGAAGGUACGACGCAAGCGCAAGAUGGCUGACGGAUCUACAACUGAAGAUAUAGUGUACGUAUUCCCAGAGGACGGGUUACAAAAGAGUAAGAUUUUACAGGCUGCUAUGCGUUGGAAACAGCAGGUGAAAUCGAACUAA